AUGGAUAAAACAGGACAAGCUCCUGCUCCAAGUAAAGAUUAUCAUCAGUUAUUGGUCACACAUGAAGAAAUUAUCUGGCGAUGGUGGAAAAUUUCUAUGCGAAAUAAUGCCAUUGUUUUUCCAGGGGAAACUAAGAUUCCAUCGGAAGAUUUCGAUUACGAUGAUCGAUUGCAGACUGAAAUUUUGCGUAUUUUUGGUAAGGAAACAUUGGAAGAAGUAAGACGAUUAUCCAUGUGUAAAGGCGAUUGCUUAGCUAGUCUACCACUUACAGUAUUGAUGCAAAUUAUUGCUAGCUUGCCGCUGGAAGAUAUACUGAUGUUAUCCCAAGUCAAUCAUUACUUACGAUAUGUUACUUCGCUGGACUCGCUGUGGAAGGAAGUCUACAUUAAUUUAUGUGGUGCACCAAAUGAAGAAAUACGCUCCUAUGCUAAUGAAAAUGGCUGGAAGAAGACCCUAUUUACAGAUAAAUUGAAAUUAAGAGUUCAAUUAGCACGAAGGAGGAAAGACAUGGAAUCACCCAAAGCGAAUACGUUCAUAACGUCUUCUGAUUAUAUAAAGUAG